AUGACGGCACCUCUUCAGGCACCUCUAGACAAAAGUACCUUGACCGGCAUAACACGAAUCAUUGUCGGCAUUCCGGAAACUACCUUUGAUGUCCACAUUGAGCUCUUACGCUCCUGCUCCCCGUUUUUCGAUCGUUUGUUCAAAGAUCAUUCCCUUCAAGAAAUCCAAACCAAUCCCGUCCCCCUUCCACACGAUGACCCUGACCUGUUCGGCGAUUUGGUCAGCUGGAUCUACCGUGGCACUAUCUCCAAGUAUUUCCUCGCGGAAGACACUGAUUUCUUUCUGCUUCGCCUCUGGGUUCUUGCUGCCCGGUUUGAGAUGCCCGGAUUGCAAAACCACGUGGCCUCGCACUACCAUACUCAACCAGGUGGAGUCUUUGAUCAGGCUAAGAUCAACUUCGUCUACGAAAACACUCGGCCUGACUCCCCUCUCCGUCGGCUUGUAGUUGAAAUGUGGGUGCGCAACGGAACACAGGCCGGAUGCUCCGAGCUUCUGCACUCUUUGCCUCAUACCUUUCUCGGUGAUCUUUGCGGCGCACUGUUUGAGAGAAAGGACACUAGCUCCAACUCUGUGAUGAGCGUCGCGGAUUUUGCAAAACGGUAUCAUGUGCAGACUCAUGUGGAGACUCUGGCUAUACAGGAUCAUCCAAGAAAGAGGCUCUUGGAGAAUGAAGUCAAGGAGGAGUCCAAUGUUCCGCAGCGCGCGACAGCGGCCCAGAUGGAAAGACGAAAGAUCCUUACUCCAAAGAGACGGAUCACUCCCUCCCCUGGUGCUUUGAGAGUCAGUUCUGAUGAUUUGUGGAAGAAACGAAGGAUGAGCUGA